GAUGGAGAGAAACUUUGUUUACAUUUUAAAUAAUUGCCAUUCUGUCAUACUGCCACCUGAGGGCGCAUACAUUGUAUUUACGAUUUACCGGGUUAUCGCCUUCAUAAAAUCAGAGCAAAACUAUGGAACUGUAUCAAGCUAAGAUGUAACAUCAACAUGUCAGGCAUCAACCAUUUUCACAAGAUCUGCAUAAUUGUAAACUAAAUGCAUUAAAACAAUAGACUUAAAAACAGAUUCAAACGUCGUUGCCGAAAAAGUAUCUUCACAAAAAAAUUAAUCAACACAUGUCGAGUUUGUUUCACGGGAUGCGCAUGCGCAAAACAAACCGGUUUAUUUGUUCAACUCAAAUUUACCGUUCUUCACGCUCUAAUCAAUGCACGGUUAGAAUAUUCUCCAGUUGGAUUGAAUACAUUGUAUGAGCUUCAGUAAACGGAAAAAUAUAACGUUUCUGCUUCGUGUGGACAUUGACUGACGAGAAUGUUAAAUUCGUCUAACGGCGACCCGGUCCACGUCGUUUCAAAUUAUGUGGAAGAAUAUUUGGAUUUGGUCGAAUCACUGCCUUUCGACAUACAGAGGAGUGUGUCGCUUAUGAAGGAAAUUGAUGCGACAUAUCAAGAUGGCCUGCAAGAGUUGGAUGACGUUUAUGAGCGCUACAGUCGGGAGUCCGACCCUCUCCAGCGGCAUAGACUUCAACUGGCCAUCCAGAGAGCUCUUAUCCGCAGCCAGGAGCUGGGAGAUGAGAAGAUCCAGAUUGCUGGGCAGAUGGUGGAGUUGGUGGAGAACUGUAGCAGACAGGUGGACUGGCAUUCUGAGCUCCUCCACGCCUCCAAGGAGAACCCUGAUACACAUGUACCCACAUCAACUGCCAUGACAACGACCGCAGCCUCCAUAGCGCCGUCGGCAGAAACAACAACUCCGGGCAAAGCUGGUCACCAUGACAAGAGGCGUGACGAGGUGACACCGUGCUCAGCCGGCGGGGGGGACAAGUCUGGCGGGAAACGGUCACGGCGGCAGAAAAGCGGAGAGAAUUGGGAGAGCUAUGGAAGCAUGGGUCAUGUUGAUGAGGUGGCCAUGGGGGUGCCCAGAGAGAAGAGGGCCAAAACAUCGUCCAAGAAGAAGAAGAGGUCAAAGGGCAAGUCGGAGAGGGAAGUGUCACCCCUAGACCUGCCCAUCGACCCAGACGAGCCCACUUACUGCCUGUGUGAACAAGUAUCCUACGGCGAGAUGAUUGGCUGUGAUAACGACGAGUGUCUCAUCGAGUGGUUCCACUUCUCCUGUGUGGCGCUACAUCACAAGCCCAAGGGGAAGUGGUUCUGCCCCAAAUGCAGGGGCGAGAAUGAGAAGACAAUGGACAAGGCCCUAGAGAGGGCGAAGAAGGAAAGGGCCUACAACAGGUAGCUUCUCUACCUAGCCCAGCGGACAUUGUCAUGUUAGGUUAGUUUUUUUCUACUUCCAAUGCUGUUUGAAAAUGAAUUGGAAAGAGGGACUUAUUUUAGUAAAUGCUGUACUGGAAGAUGGACAUCCUGGUUCACGACAGAUACAGUAUAAUGUAAUAGAUCAUUUUAUCAAAUAGCCACACCAAUGAUUGACAUUGCUGUAUCACCUUAAUGCUCUUCUGAACAAAUAAAAAAUUAAUCCAAGAUUGUGCAAUACAUCUGAA